CUGGCCUCCCAGGAUUAGCAACUCGCUCCGGCUCGUCUCUGCUUUCAGGCGUGAGGGGUGCGGGAGGAAUGAGCAGCGGGCUGGUGCUGCCUACCCCGCUCCCCGAGGACGCCUCGGCAUUUACGCCACUGAAGCCCGUCACCAUGUCGGGGGAACCCGGUGAAGACACCCCCGUCUUUGAGGACAUCAAACCCCCCAUCCGGCCCCUGGAAAACCUGCCCGACCUGGCGCAGCUGCACCCUAUGAGGAUGGAACAGCGGAUGCCGCCGCUCAUUCUCGAGACACGAUCUGAAAUGGAUAAGUACCUUUCGAAUGAAGUGCCAUCCAUCCCAAUGUUACCAGACAAGAAGUACCGCCGGGAGAGCGCCUCAGUGGUGGAUGAGUUCUUCUCCACAGAGAAGCCGAAUUCUACACCGUACAGCGUGAACAUCAAUGUGAUUCUGCCAGACACGACACACCUGCGCACUGGACUUUACCGACCACCCAAACCCAUGACGUCAUUCCCACAGAUCAAAACAGAGCCUGGCACCAGCUUCGCCCAGCCCUGCUCUUCUGCCUCUGGCUCCACACAGACCCUGCCCGACUUCACCAGUGUCUUCAGCAUGCCCCAGUCAGUGGCAGUGAACAACAUCUUCAUCAAGCAGGAGAUGCCCUCUGAGAUCCCCUUAUCCACCAAUCCACAGCAAUCCCAGCUUUACCAGAUGCCUCUUGGCAACGGAAGCGCUGACAUUACCACUCUGACAUCCUCCUCCAACACCACCACAGCCAUCAACAGUCUCAGUGGUGUCACCAUGUCCACAGGUAACACCAUGUCCAGUGUGGUCCACAGACCUGUCCAUCCAGGAGGGCCAGUGAAGCAGUACCCUCAUGUCUCCCAGGGACAGGGAAACUUCAACAUCUCAGGGCAGUUCUACCCUGCUCCGGGGGUGAACCUGCCCCCUUCACCCCCCAACUCACAGCCUGGCAGCCCAGAAAAUCAACCUGAGCUCAUCAACACCAUUUCUCCCCCACCAUCCUAUGAAGCCACUUUUGGACUGAAGUUGGUCCAGUCAUCCCAGGUCCCCCCAGUCCCCAAUGGCCUCGGGACCCUCUCCCAAGGGCACAUUGUCAUGCAGCCCCCCAAAUACAACAGGCGCAACAACCCUGAGCUGGAGAAAAGGAGAAUCCAUCACUGCGAUUACCCAGGUUGUUCAAAAGUUUAUACCAAGAGCUCCCACCUGAAGGCACAUCAGAGGACUCACACAGGCGAGAAACCCUAUAAGUGCACGUGGGAUGGCUGCGACUGGCGCUUUGCCCGCUCCGACGAGCUGACCCGGCACUACCGGAAGCACACGGGCGCCAAGCCGUUCAAGUGCCCAGCCUGCGGCCGGUGCUUCUCCCGCUCCGACCAUCUAGCUCUCCACAUGAAGCGGCACCAGAACUAGGAGCCGCCUACAUUCGCCACUUGUCCAAGAGCAGCUGAAACUCUUUUCUUUUCCAAGGGGCCUCUCUUCUCGUAUGUAGGAACAAACCCAUGCUGUGAUCAACCAGCAGGACAGGGGUGGUGAGCAAGCCCCCUCUGCAAGCCCUGUCCCCAACUGUUUCUGGUUUUAAAAGAAAUCUCAUUAAAAAAAGAGUUAUAAUUAUAGACUGAUUUCGUGACGAGGCUCCUGGUGCCACUGGGGUGAUGGACCUUGGAUUCCAAACAGCUUUCUUCCAGCAAACCUGCUGUUUCUUUGUCACUCAGGAGCAACUGUCCUUCGUGUCUCAAGCUUUUUGGGAUUUUUUUUUACCCCUUUCAGGGCUGUGCCUUUGCUGAGCCCGAGGAGGGUUGUGACGGGUUGGUAGCCUGGCUGUGUGUGAGCGAUCUCAUUUCAAACUGUCGGUGCAAUCCUUUGGGACUGCCCUGUGGCAUGGCCGUGGAUGUGGCACCUUGCCCCGUGGCAUGGCCUGGUUUUGGCUGAUGUGUGAGAACAGGAGCGCAUGCCUGGGGCUCUUUGGGUUGACAACCCCAGUCUCUGUGGGGGCAUAGACGAAGGAGCCUAUGACAUAUGCACCUGAUGUGCCUUCAAGCAAGGGACAGCACAAAAGCAGAUGACAAAAGCCAUCAUCUGUGUCCUGCUGAGCCCACCUGCGGUUUCCUGGCAGCCAGCUGCAAAUAUCUGCCCUGCUUGGCCAGGUUUUUUGGUUGUGUCCUUAGCAUUUCUGCUUCCAAGAUGAAUUUUGACUUCAGGUGUCUCUGGGAGGACCAGCAUGGGUCUUGAAGCCACCCAGGGGACUGCAAAAAAGCCACCGAUAAAGCUCUGGUUUUCCAGAAUACGCUGUGCCUUUCUCCAAAAAGCACUGGGCAGGCUCUGCUUGUGCCUUGAACACGCACACAGGGAAUCAGUCAUCACCAGUCACACUGGUCUUUUGCUGUUGCCGUUUCAUCACGUUCAGACAGAAAAGAAAAAAAAAAAAGAAAAAAGCAUCUUUGAAACAAAUUCCAAUAAAUCCUGCUGUUCAGAUUGUAAUCAUGUUACCUACCUCACAGGUUCGCCGCCUCGGGCUCCGUAAGGCACCUUCCCUCUUCUUCCAUGGGGUGCCGUGACGUGUGGGGCACAUCAGCCAUUCUUCAAAGUCUAUCGGGGGUUAAACUUAGGCAGAACAAGAACCAGGCCAUGCCAGUUUAAACAGCAGCUGUGCAGGUAAUAAAUAAAUCAGGAACAAAUAAUGGGCCUGGUACGUUCAACAGAAUAUUGAUUUCCCCCACGCCGUCCUCCUCUUUUAUUCUUCCUCGAACAAAUUUAAGUAACACGCAGACUGAUGCGCGUCUGCAGCGUGAACUGAAAGGCCACGCUGAACCGUGGCAUCUUCAGGUGGUAGAAAUUUGGAGGCCACCCCUCUCUGCUAUCGCCCAACCACGCGCUAGCUGGAAACGACAGCUGGGUUCCUGGUUGUCCUUUGCCUUGGAUAAAUAAAACUGAUCACACCUGCGGCAGACGUGGCUGGUCUGGCGUGACAGGAGAGGAGGGCAGGAAGGAUUUGGGGGGGGGGGGCGUGGUGUGGUGUAGGCUUUGGGGAGGAUGAUGUGCCCAGGGCUGGUGGCGCAGCGAGCCCUUCGUGUGGCUCUUUGCAAGAAGCCUACUCCUUUCUCCGUGCCACCUUGGGAUCGGCGGGUGCUGGAGCAAAUGGGCUCGUUUGCCAUCCGCCUUGUGGGCUCUGGGAUCUGGCUCCUCUUCGGGGCGCAGAGCAGGACCUUGCCAAAGCCACCACCGUGACCUGGGCUCCUUCUUUUUCCCUCCUCACCUUGGAGGUUGUGUUGAGCUCUAUGAGCGAGUAGGGCAUGCAGUGCCAUCUUCUCCCCCCGAAAAUGGGGGGUUAGGAGCCGUGUGUGGCCUGAAGCCUCCAUGCUGUGGGCAGUUUGACCUCUUGCUUCUGCUUAGAGAUGGGUCUGGAGAGGCUCGGGGAAGGUCUCUGAUGGUGGAAAAACUCCUCGGAGAACAGCGGUGGUGCAGGGUGUAGGAGCGUGCGUGUCUGCGGGCGCGGGCGGGUUGAGCUCAUGCCAAAGGAAUUUCAGGGUAGCGUGGAGAUGCCUCAGCCAGUCCCCGCCGAUGUCUCCAGGAAGCCCAGGCUGGCUCGGUGGGGCUGGUGGGGACCCAACGCGGCCAUGCUGGGACCUGUCGGGCUCCACCCAGCUCCUUGGCGGGUGAGCCCCGGCACGGUGAGCCUGCGGCACCGCGGUCCCCGCGUCCCCCCGGGAGCUGGCAGCCCCCAUGGCUGUAACUGCAACCUCCGUGUGGGAAGAUGGUUUUUUUUUUUUUUUUUUUUUGGGUGCAUCUGUUGUGGUUGAACCUCCUAAACGUGUGAGCCACACUGCAGGGUCAGCCCAGGCACCGCGUGUGCCAUCGGGCUGGUCGUGGGGGUAGCCCUCACCCCUGGCCCUCUCAGAGGGGUCCCAUUGCCCCCCCCCCCCCCCUUUUUUUUUGGAGGAGGAAACCUCUGCUCCGCCCCCCAUUUCCAUCUUUCCCUCCCCUGCUGUGCCGAUGGGGCCCAAAACCUGUUUGCUGAAAAACAGUACAAAGCCAAAACAACCAACAGGCAGCUUUAAAUCUUAGGGGAAUUUUAAAUAAUUUUCCUGACAAUCUUGGGUUUUUUUCACUACAGAGAAAAAUACAUCUGCUCGUCCUCACAUAGCCUAUGCGUGUAUAUAUAUAUUUUUUUUUUUAAUUUGAUGGGGGGGCAGAGGAAGAAGUGUCUUAACAAAAAAACCCCCACCUCAAUCCAGUACCGCUGGUCUGCGUGCAAAAUGCUGACAUGCAAAUGUUUUACUAGUGCAAAGGCAACACUUUUUUUUAAAAAAAAAAAAAGUCCAAAGGAAAACCACAGCAAAACCUCGGCUUUUAUUUCUCCAUUUUUGUGUGUAGAGAAGUGGACAGCCUCUAGCCUCACAUUUCAUUGCAGCUCUCGGUGCAGUUAUUCCCUGGGAGAAAGCCAGGGGAGACAGGGAGUGAUGCUGACGGAGCAAAGCCCCUCUUUGCUACGGGAGGGACGGCUCGGAGCCGAGCGAUGUAGCUGGGGGUGCGCGAACCCCGGCUGAAGGAAGGUCCCUCCAUCCCCUGGGACGCUCAGGUGACAGGGACAUCGGAAAAGGUUUGCCAACCCCGGGAGGCUUUGCGAGCCCGUGCUUGGUGCAGAACAAAUGCCAGUCCGGCCAGGAGGCAAGUGCCUCGUCUCUGCCAUGCCUGUAUCAUAACAUAGGGAAAAAAAAAAUUAAAAAAUCGCUGUAAAUAGGAAAAGAGCACUGUAUCGCUUCGUGGGUCUGUGGAUUGAAAGUGAUCCUUUACUGUCCGCGGUGAACACAAUGUGAAAGAAAAAAAAAAUUGGGACCUGGAAAACUUGGGUGGAAGGUUUAUUUUUCCGGUGAUGCUUUUGUUUGUUACAUAAACCCUCUCCCCCCCAAAACUCCCCUACAACUAUUAAUCUAUCUCAUGUUUUGUAAUAA